AUGUCGGCAAAAACAGGGAAAAGCAAGAAGACCAAAGGAUCGGCGCGCUCCACUCGGGCUGGACUCGUGUUCCCCGUCGGACGCCUCCAUCGGAUCCUCCGGAAGGGCAACUACGCUCAACGUAUCGGCGCCGGAGCACCAGUCUAUAUAGCGGCUGUGCUCGAAUACCUCACGGCCGAAGUGCUCGAGUUGGCCGGAAACGCUGCCCGAGACAACAAGAAGUCGAGGAUCAACCCACGUCACCUCCAAUUGGCCGUCCGCAACGAUGAGGAGCUGAACAAACUUCUUACCGGAGUCACCAUCUCCGAAGGAGGCGUGCUGCCCAGCAUCCAAGCCGUACUUCUUCCCAAGAAAACCGUUGCUGAGAAAGCUGAAUCCGAAAUCCUUCGAAAUGCGGCUCAUUCUUCAUCUAUUUUGUUCGACAAUCGCCCGUUCUUUGAGAUUUCUUCCGAAUUGAGACAAAGGACCGAUGUACGAGUUCGUAGAGCCGCAACAACAACCAUCACCACCCGCCGCACCCAACGCCGAGCCUUCACCGCCACCACCACCAGCGUUAGU